AUGGGUAAAAGGCGCUUCACUAAAACGCCAAUUUCCGGCCAUUGGUCUCAGAGAUUUAGAAGAAUGCGGGUAUACAAUCCUCGUGCAACAUUUGAACAAGCAGAGUUGAUCUCGAAGCUUUUCCAAGAAAAAACAAAAACAAGAAGCAAAACCAUUAACUUCGUUGAUCUUCCGGACGACGUUCUGUUGAAGAUUUUUGACUACGUUUCCAGUCCUUCCCAAUACACUACCCAAGCGUCACAAUCGAACUAUCCCUUUGGAGCUCGUCGAAUCAUUGCAAAGCUGUAUCGGUUGCGAUGUGUUUGCAAAAGGUUCAGAAACGUGAUCAAUGAAUUUCACCAAUACUUGCCCAAGCCAUCGAUUGGGCUUCGACUACAGGCACCGGUAGAACGCGAUCGAAAUUACGGCGGCUAUGUUGUUGCUUACAUAUAUGGAGAAAGUGGGAAAAGAUAUUUUACCAAGUGUGUUGUGAUCAAUGAGGUGCCUUCUGCCAUUUUCCCUGGACAGAUUUGCACAUUUCUAAUAAUCAAAGGAUUGGUAAUAACGGAUGCUUUAUUGGAUAUGCUAAUGAGUUUGGAUUUAUCAAAGGUUGAAGAGCUGUUUUGGCAUGAUAUAAGAGGCUCGCGUGUGACCGAUCUCAUCGGAAAAAUGCAGGCACUGCUGGCCAAAAUGACGUCAUUGUGUUGCGCUGAAUUCUAUUCUACGGAUGACUUCUUCGAUCCUACAUCAAUGUUCCCUAAUGACAACGAAUAUUGGAAGGAACGAGGAUGGGAAAAAACUGACGAGAAAAGCCUGGAUCGGCGAGAAGUACUGGACAAGUACCGUAGCCUCAAGAAGUGGGCAAUGAUCCGUCGUAUACGCUCUCGUGGUCGUCGGCGUCGAAAUGCUCGAUUUCUAGACGUGGAGAUCUUGUGA